AUGUACUCUCCUCCUCGGGAUAUAUACGGGCUCGCAGAUCCUGCCGAUGAACGAGUCAAGAAGCUGCCAGAGUUCCAUAGCUGGGUAGCACAAGGUGGCCUUGUCGAAUUUGCAAAGGCUCACAAUGUAGAGCCUGAUUUCGCAGACCGCCUGCAUGACUUCAAGCCUGCAAUUACUAUAGCUUACUAUGCUAAGCUCCGUACUAUCCCUGGCCUGGAGACUGUAAUGAGCUACAAUACCUUUGCCAAUAUGAAGACUAUGAGCUGGGAAUCAGCACAGGAGACAAUGGCACUUGCUGAGGGUUGGAAUGAGGAGGAAGAAGAAGAAGAAGAGAAGAAAGAGGAGGAGAAGAAGGAAGAAGAGAAGAAGGAGGCGAAAGAAGCAGCUCCGAGCUAUGUUGUCAACUCAGAUCAGUACCAUCACUCGUCGCCGUACUGUCCGAAGCUACUCUGGAGUUCUCCGGUGAAAAGAGGUCUCGCCUCGGCCAAGAGCAGCCCGAUUAAGCGUUGA